AACAAACAAACAAAACCAUCUCUCUUUCUUCCUCUCCCUAUCACAAGAAUCAAAACCGAAACAGAAGAAACAUCACCACCACCACCAAAUGGGAUGUUUUAUGGGCUGUUUCGGUCUCUCUUCCAACAAAAAACGCAGAAACUCCACCAGGAAGAUCCUCCCUCGACAUCAAAGAAUCUGUAGCUAUGAGCUUCUACAUUCUUCAGAUCCGACAGAUGCAAGUACCGUUGCAGAUAAUCCUGAAAAGAUCUCGAGUUCGAACCUCAGGUGUGAAGUGGAGACAGAGGAGGAAGAGAAGAAGGGAACAAAGAAGACGAGAAAGAGAGUUAGAUUUGACUUGAAUGUACAAACCUUUGAACCAGCUCUACCUUCAAGAUAUGAGAACUACUGCAGUGAUGAUGAUGAAGAGGGAAAAGGAGAACCAAGCAAGUCAUCUUCGGUGGAUAUGUCAAGUAGUUCGGUGUAUCCUCCGAACUAUAGAUACCACAACUGUGUUGACAGUUUCGAAGAGGAAGAAGAUGAAUUGGGCUAUGGUGAGAGUGAUCUGAAGGAUGAAGACUAUUACACAGACGAUGAAAACGACUAUGAAGAUGAUGCUGAUGAUGAAGAAGAAGAAGAGGAUAAUGACGACAAGGACGUGACUCCUCUUUUGAAUCCAGUGGAGAAUAUCACGCAGUGGAAAGCUGUUAAAGCAAAGCCAGCAAGAGUUAAGGAGCUGAUGAAGGAGAAUGUUGAAGUUGUUACUGAUGAUCAAGCAAAACCGCUGCUGAAGGAGAUAAUAGUCAAUACUAGCCUUUCCAGUUGGGUAUCACCAAUUGUGGAUAUCACCAACAUGGAGAAGAGGUAAAAAUGGUGAAUGAGAAGAAGAAACAGUGUGUGUGUUGUUUUUUGUUUUUUUUUUUUUUGUAACAUUUGCUGAUUCUUUGUGUGUGUAAGGAUAUAAUUAUGAUUUGUUUGUUUAUUUUUUCCCACUGGUUGUUUUCUGCAACUAAAUCUUGAUAAAGUUGUGAUGUUUUUAAAGAAGUGCUUACAGUUUAAUUAGCAUUGGUAUGUUGCAGAAAGACAUUACAUAGUUUGUUUAGUUAUCAAAACCCCUGUCAAAAUCAAACAGCACCGAAACAUAUUUUGGUUUGAAAGAUUAGCCUCUAUUGAACAAUACAGCAAGUAAUCUUAUAUACUCUCACUCCGAUAUUAGCUUUUAUCUGAGUCUACAUCCUUCGUUUGGACUGGUCUUCUUGUCACAACAAGUCCACUCUCUUAUGUUGGUUUCUUCUGUCCUCACAAAAAAACUGUUUGCUGAAAA